UACAUUCGAACAAAACACAACGACGAUGACUACGAAAAAAAUAACCAGAUAUUUACUAUUACUAGUGUUGUCUGCCUUGGUCACUAGUCAACAGCUUGUUGAGGCGCAGGCUUUAAGCUGCGAGGGAAAGUCGGUUGUGUGCGUGGGACCGAUUACCUAUCAGAGAUGCAGUGGAGGCGUCACUUCCGGAGAUGUUAUACUGUGCGGUGCCAAUACUCGAUGUGUGAACGAUAGUGUCGAGAUAUGCGUCCCAGUCAAGGUUCCAGAGGCGGAACCUUCAGCUGCCCCGUUGACUGAUAGUCCGGCCAGUAUUAGCUUGCCAGCAAUUCUUGUGCAGGCAGCUACAAUUCAGAUCACUGAUGCUCCUGUACAAUCCACUGCAGCUCCUGUGUUGACUACUUCUUCCACGGAAGCUCCAGUUGAGACAACUGACACAACUGUUGGGCCAUGGGAAACCACUACGCAGCCCAUUGACUCUACAACAGUUGGAACAAACGCACCAGUUGAGCCUGAAUCGACUCUACCGAGCAUACCCGAAGAAACAACUAUUGCCGACACAACUAGUGCACCGGUCGGUACUACAUUGAGCCCAGUGAAUCCUACUGCACCCAUUGAUCCACUUGAUCCUACUACUACUGUGAGCCCUGCAGAUCCCAACGCUCCUGUAGACCCUAAUGCGACAACUACUGUGAGCCCUGCAGACCCCAAUGCACCUGUCGACCCAAGUGAUCCAAAUGUACCAGUUGACCCCAAUGCUCCUUUGGAUCCGAAUGCAACAACUACUGUCAGCCCAGUAGAUCCUAACGCACCAGUUGAUCCUAAUGCGCCCGUCGAUCCUAAUGCAACAACUACCGUGAGCCCUGUAGAUCCUAACGCACCAGUUGAUCCAAAUGUAACAACUACUGUGGGCCCUGUAGAUCCUAAUGCACCAGUUGAUCCUAAUGCACCUGUGGAUCCCAACGCGCCAGUGGAUCCCAAUGCGCCAGUUGAUCCUAAUGCACCUGUGGAUCCCAACGCGCCAGUGGAUCCCAAUGCGCCAGUUGAUCCUAAUGCACCCGUAGAUCCUAAUGUAACAACAACUGUCAGCCCAGUUGAUCCCAAUGCGCCAGUUGAUCCCAAUGCGCCCGUGGAUCCUAAUGCAACAACUACUGUGAGCCCUGUAGAUCCUAAUGCUCCAGUUAAUCCCAACGUGCCAGUAGAUCCCAAUGCUCCAGUGGAUCCAAAUGCUCCCGUCGAUCCCAACGCACCCGUGGAUCCGAACGCACCAGUUGAUCCUAAUGCGCCCGUCGACCCUAAUGCUACAACUACUGCCAGCCCAGUAGAUCCUAACUCACCAGUUGAUCCUAAUGCGCCCGUCGACCCUAAUGCAACAACUACUGUGAGCCCUGUAGAUCCUAAUGCUCCCGUGGAUCCGAACGCACCUGUGGAUCCUAAUGCUCCCGUCGAUCCCAACGCACCCGUGGAUCCUAACGCUCCAGUUGAUCCCAAUGCGCCCGUAGAUCCUAAUGUUACAACUACUGUGAGCCCUGUAGACCCCAACGCUCCAGUUGAUCCUAAUGCACCAGUGGAUCCUAAUGCGCCAGUUGAUCCAAAUGCUCCCAUCAGCCCGGUGGACCCCAACGCACCAGUCGAUCCUAAUGCACCAGUUGAUCCUAACGCUCCAGUCGAUCCCAAUGCUCCAGUCAGCCCCGUAGACCCGAAUACGCCAGUCGAUCCUAACGCUCCAGUCGAUCCCAAUGCUCCAGUCAGCCCCGUAGACCCGAAUGCGCCAGUUGAUCCCAAUGCACCAGUCGAUCCUAAUGCACCAGUUGAUCCCAACGCACCAGUUGAUCCUAAUGCCCCAGUCGAUCCCAAUGCACCAGUCGAUCCUAAUGCACCAGUUGAUCCUAAUGCCCCAGUCGAUCCAAAUGCACCAGUCAGCCCGGUGGACCCCAACGCACCAGUCGAUCCUAAUGCCCCAGUCGAUCCUAACGCUCCAGUCGAUCCAAAUGCGCCAGUUGAUCCCAAUGCACCAGUCAGCCCGGUGGACCCCAACGCACCUGUGGAUCCUAAUGCUCCCGUCGAUCCCAACGCACCCGUGGAUCCUAACGCUCCAGUUGAUCCCAAUGCGCCCGUAGAUCCUAAUGUUACAACUACUGUGAGCCCUGUAGACCCCAACGCUCCAGUCGAUCCUAAUGCACCAGUUGAUCCUAAUGCCCCAGUCGAUCCAAAUGCACCAGUCAGCCCGGUGGACCCCAACGCACCAGUUGAUCCUAAUGCACCAGUUGAUCCUAAUGCUCCAGUCAGCCCCGUAGACCCGAAUGCGCCAGUUGAUCCCAAUGCACCAGUCGAUCCCAAUGCUCCAGUCAGUCCAGUGGACCCCAACGCACCAGUUGAUCCUAAUUCCCCAGUCGAUCCUAAUGCACCAGUCGAUCCCAAUGCACCAGUCGAUCCUAAUGCACCAGUUGAUCCUAAUGCCCCAGUCGAUCCAAAUGCGCCAGUCAGCCCGGUGGACCCUAACGCACCAGUUGAUCCUAAUGCACCAGUUGAUCCUAACGCUCCAGUCGAUCCCAAUGCUCCAGUCAGCCCCGUAGACCCGAAUGCGCCAGUUGAUCCCAAUGCACCAGUCGAUCCCAAUGCUCCAGUCAGUCCAGUGGACCCCAACGCACCAGUUGAUCCUAAUUCCCCAGUCGAUCCUAAUGCACCAGUCGAUCCCAAUGCACCAGUCGAUCCUAAUGCACCAGUUGAUCCUAAUGCCCCAGUCGAUCCAAAUGCGCCAGUCAGCCCGGUGGACCCUAACGCACCAGUUGAUCCUAAUGCACCAGUUGAUCCUAACGCUCCAGUCGAUCCCAAUGCUCCAGUCAGCCCCGUAGACCCGAAUACGCCAGUCGAUCCUAACGCUCCAGUCGAUCCCAAUGCUCCAGUCAGUCCAGUGGACCCCAACGCACCAGUUGAUCCUAAUUCCCCAGUCGAUCCUAAUGCUCCAGUCGAUCCCAAUGCUCCAGUCAGCCCCGUAGACCCGAAUGCGCCAGUUGAUCCCAAUGCACCAGUCGAUCCUAAUGCACCAGUUGAUCCAAACGCACCAGUUGAUCCUAAUGCCCCAGUCGAUCCCAACGCACCAGUUGAUCCUAAUGCCCCAGUCGAUCCUAACGCUCCAGUCGAUCCAAAUGCGCCAGUUGAUCCCAAUGCACCAGUCAGCCCGGUGGACCCCAACGCACCAGUUGAUCCUAAUGCCCCAGUCGAUCCUAACGCUCCAGUCGAUCCUAAUGCCCCAGUCGAUCCCAAUGCACCAGUCAGCCCGGUAGAUCCCAACGCACCAGUCGAUCCUAAUGCCCCAGUCGAUCCUAACGCUCCAGUCGAUCCAAAUGCGCCAGUUGAUCCCAAUGCACCAGUCAGCCCGGUAGAUCCCAACGCACCAGUCGAUCCUAAUGCCCCAGUCGAUCCUAACGCUCCAGUCGAUCCAAAUGCGCCAGUUGAUCCCAAUGCACCAGUCAGCCCGGUAGAUCCCAACGCACCAGUCGAUCCUAAUGCCCCAGUUGAUCCUAACGCUCCAGUCGAUCCAAAUGCGCCAGUCAGGCCGGUGGACCCCAACGCACCAGUCGAUCCUAAUGCCCCAGUUGAUCCUAAUGCCCCAGUUGAUCCGAAUGCUCCAGUCAGCCCGGUGGACCCCAACGCACCAGUUGAUCCUAAUGGCCCAGUCGAUCCUAACGCCCCAGUCGAUCCAAAUGCUCCAGUCAGCCCCGUGGACCCGAAUGCGCCAGUUGACCCCAAUGCACCAGUCAGCCCGGUGGACCCCAACGCACCAGUUGAUCCUAAUGCUCCAGUCGAUCCUAAUGCACCAGUUGAUCCCAACGCACCAGUUGAUCCUAAUGCCCCAGUCGAUCCCAAUGCUCCAGUCAGCCCCGUGGACCCCAACGCACCAGUUGAUCCUAAUGCUCCAGUCGAUCCUAAUGCACCAGUUGAUCCCAACGCACCAGUUGAUCCGAAUGCACCAGUCGAUCCAAAUGCUCCAGUCAGCCCCGUGGACCCGAAUACGCCUGUUGAUCCCAAUUCUCCAGUAGAUCCGAAUGCACCCAACGCACCUAUCCCAUCAGUUCCUAUAUAUCCUGGCGGACCAGGCUCAUGGCCGUGGGUUCAACCAAGCCGCCCAACACUUCCGGGCCAUCCUCUGCCUCCUUUCCGCCCAGGCUUCCCCAAUUUCCCCGUCUGGCGACCAGUGCCCCCUGGCUCCAAUGGAAAUAAUGCCGGAUCUGCAGGUGGCAACAACAAUGAAAACGGCAGCGCCAGCAAUUCUGGUAACGGAAACAGUAAUAAUAACAAUGGUCAGGUGAUUCCGCCCCGUCGUCCUCUGUUGCCAUUCUGGCCCAAUUGGAAAAACUGGGUCAACAGCUGGCGCAACAGUAGGAAACCUGUCACGACUACUGCAGCGCCAAUAGCUAGCCAGCCCGAGGGUAACAACGAUGGUUCCGGAUCUGAAAGUGCCGCUCCUGUGGAGAAGCCAGUAUCGCCACCAGCUAAUAUUCCUCUACCUAAUGAAAACGCCUCUGUAGAAGAGAAAAAGGGAGGUAAGAACAAACCAAAGCCUGUGGAAGAUCAGUCUAAGGAGCAAAAGAAGCCAAGCAGCUCCGUUGAAAAUGCAUCCGUAGAAGAGAAAAAGGAAAACAAACCGAAAGAUUCCAAGGAGCAAAACAAACCAAUUGAAAAUAGCUCUGCUGAAAAGAAGAGCGAUAAGAAGGAUAAAAAGGAUAACAAAGAUCAGAGCAAAUCUGACGAUUCCAAAGACUCAAAGGAGGAAAAGGACAGCGAGAAGAAAAAGUCAAAAGAUAAUGAGAACGAUGAUGAGCUGAGUUCGAAGGAACGUAAAGAAAAGGCAAAGGAAAUCGCUAAGAAGAUAAAAGACGAGGACGACUGCGACGAGGACGACGUUUAUCCUGAUGUAAAAGACUGCAAGAAGUAUUACCGCUGUGAGGUCAAGCAAUCUGGCGAGCGCAAACUCGUGCACUUGCGUUGCGAUAAGAAGCAACGCUUCGAUUUCCCCACCAAGAGUUGUGUAGACAAGGACGAUGCUCGUUGCUUGCGCAAAUAAUGCUUCCAUGCAGAACGAACACAUACGAAAGGACAUAACUCUGUAACAAACCACUAUCCUAUAUAAUAUCAUAAUAAAUUAUUUAAUAUUGGCAACCCAUAAUACAUACUUACCUUUUUUUUUUGUUAACUUAUAAUUUAUUAGUAUUUCAAAUAAAAUAAAUGUGCCCAAUCA